GCACUCAGCUCUGCAUUCCAUUGCAUGAAAAGGACAUGUAAACUCUUCAUGGAUGUUGCCUGAAUAGCAAACUAUGAGUCACAUGUUUUAAUCUUGGAAAUCGCCAAAGACACUGACUUUGGUUACGAGAGCAAACAAAAACAUGGAGAAAUUAGUCGCUCAAGGCGUUCCGCAGCUUAGUAAUGAUAUGCAGCUCAGCAUCAUGAACAAGGUGAAGAAUGGAGAACUGAGCAUCGAUGACGCAAUCAACCAGGCCAGAAAAAGCAACCUGGAGUUGUUUCAUCAGAAGGAAAAACAAGCCACACAGUAUAACUUCAGUGUCCACAAAUUCAACCGGUAUCGCUGGCAGAAGCGUGUACUUCAAGUUGAUUUUAAUACAAAGAUGGUGUGCAGCAUAGAGAAAGGUAUCAUAAAACGACAGCUGCCAUUUGCCAGUGUGAAAAACUGCCAUGAGGGAAUAGGCACCAAGUUUUCCAUCUCGUUCAAGGCUCGCCAUGACUACGAACUAGAAGCCACUUCUAUGCAGGAAAAGCAAAAGAUUCUGCAGUUAGUGAGUCAAAUAAUCCACAGCAACAUCUACAGCCAGUCAGCGGACCGUCCAGAAGAUGUGUACCACAUGAUCCCAGCACCAAAGAGCCUCCGCCAGGGCCAGCUCCUCCUACAGAAGGGUGGCAUGGCCUCGUUUAAAUGGAGGAGGUAUGAGGCUCACCUUCACGCUAGUCAGCUGACCCUCGUGCCCAGCGGUUGUCAACAGAUGACGGUUGUCAAGUCAACAGAUGAGGGUGAUGUGGCGUCCAGCUCCUCUCUGCCCACCAUCAUCCAUUUCUCUGAUGGAAAGGCUCGAGUAGAGACAUCACACUCCUUUGACGUUUUUAUACUUCACACUCAUUGUUGUGCAUAUCAGUUCAGGGUACCUAUGACAGAUGUAAUGGAAACGGCUGACAUCCAAAGAGAGAGGGACUUGUGGGUGCAGGCUAUUGGAAAGUUAUGUAUGAACUGGAAAUGCUGCUCCCAGUCUGAGCCAACGUACGAGGACCUUAAAGAGCUGCGGGCAUCCAGGCCAGUCUCAGGGCUUCUGCAGCAGUCUGAAGACGGGACGCUCUCUGGGACGUUCUCUGCCACUCUGCUACUGUCAGAGGACGAAGCAUCUGAUGGAGAGGAGUCUACAGCCCUCACCAGUGCCAGAGAUUUUCCGCUUCCACCGACGCCACCACCGCAGGCAACGCCUCGCAGCCCAGUGUGUUUGCCCUCCGUGCCUUCCGCAUCUCCCUUGUACUCAGACGUGCACCGCGUGGCACCAGCAGCUCCCCCUGUGCCACCCCCACCUCCGCUACCCAGAAAGAAGUGCCUUUCAAAGGACCGCACCAAAGCCUUCCACUGGGAUGUGGUGCCCCAGGACAAGAUUGACAAAUCCUUCUGGACGCGUGGAGUCAAUGGAAAGGCUAAAAUUGACACCUUUCGGUUGUUUGAGCAGUUCAAAGUCAAAGUCUCAGAAAACUUUGCUGACAGUGCGGAUUCGAGCCAUCACAUAGAAAUCAUGUUGAACCAGAAGAUUGCACACAACUUCAACAUUUUCCUCAAAAGUUUCUCGGUGCAGCCCAAGGAGCUGCAGGAGAAGCUGUUUAUCAUUAAUGAGAAGGAUGGCGGCCUAUCUGAUGAGCAGAUUGCCUCUCUCAGGAGAUAUGUGCCGACUGUGGACGAUGUGGAGAUGUAUAAAGCCCACAAAGGAGACACCUCAGACCUGCACAUAGUGGAUCAGUAUAUGUUAGCGAUGUGCAACAUCCCGUUCCUGAGCUCUCGUCUAGACCUGCUGCUCACACUCAGAGAGCUGCCCAUUACCAUGGAGGACCUGGAACCGCUGAUCGAUCAGAAGAUCCGUAUGUGCCAGCAGCUGAUUGGCUCUCAGACAUUUGUGUUUGUGCUGGAGUACGUGCUGGCUAUUGGUAAUUACCUGAAUGAGCAUGCAGGCAAAGACAAGGCAAAAGGAUUUCGUAUCUAUUCCCUUACAAAACUCUCUCAGUUGCGUGGGGUGGACAGGCACGUCACCUUGACGCAUGCCCUUGUGGAGCAGAUCAUGUUGCACGAGCCAGGCUUGGCCACCUUCCACUCCGAGCUUGCAGAAUUUGACACUGUCCCAGGGGCUUCCAUCAAAGGCCUGACAGCAGAGAUAGACGUUGUGAAGAACGAGCUCCAGAAGGUUCUCCAGUACAGGAAGACCUACAGGAAGAAGAACCCCAUUUCCCAGCAUUCCAAAUUCUCCAAAGACCUGAAGGCAGCCAUUGAGAAGUACAACACGGAUCUGCAGCAGCUGACAAAGAAAAGCGAGGAGAUGAGGAAGAUCUACUCUGACAUCUUGGUGAGGUUUGGGGAGGCAGCUGACCAGGACUCCCAGGAGCUGUUUGGAUGGGUCUGCCAGUUCAUCACGGAAUUCAAGAAAGCCCAUGCAGUGCUCUCAAAAUUCCAGUUUAUGGAUUUGUAAAUGAAGAAAAUCAUACAGGCAGGAACAAAUUUAAUGAGAUUUGUGACUGCGGCGUUCCCAGCCUGCCGCUGAUGUUCACCAUGCAGAACUGGACUCAGGGCCACAGCGCUCCCCCCUCUGUGAUCACUAAGGUUCACAUCGCGCCCCCGGGCGCUUCUGGUGCCUGGCUCAGGAUUCAAUAUUUGUGUUUCCCUUUGGUGAACACUCAUUUAGAGCCAGUUAACAGGCUUCACGGAGGCCUCCCGUGGAUGCCAGACCUGCUAAUCCACAGCUGUUCAAUAGCACAGACUGAGUUGGGGGCGACUUCCGUGCCAUCUGACACCCGUCCAAAUACCCUCACAUGACUAUAGAAGCUUCUGGACACACUUUAUUGUUUGUGUGGGUCUGGCUACUAUGACAACUGUGUCAUCUGCACUCAAAGAAAAUAUCUCUGUUGCAUCUUAAAAGUGAGGGGAACAGCUGCACACACAACUCCCCCCGGAAAGCUUUUUUAUUUAUUUUUCUGCAGCCAUUUUUUUUUUUUGGCCUCUGGAGCGGAUGGCUGUUCUUGGCUCAUGGCAUGGUUUAGGUGGUAUAGAUGAGUGCAAAGCCACUUGAUACAGGAUGAAAAAAACACUUAAAAGCAGUGAAUACUUGGUCUUGAUGAACAUCAAGACUGAAUGAAAUGCAUCUUACUGUAUGUACACUGAAAAGCUUCUUAUAGCUCACAAUAUUAUUUGUCCUUAUGGUGUAGCCUUGAAAUAAAAUGGUCUGCUUACUUUA